AUGGCGGCCCAGAACCUCGAGAUGGCCCCUCAGUUUUACCGAGUCCUGGGCACACGAAGUGAUCAUGGGACUUUAGAUUACUUUAUUAUAACUGUUGAAGAAGGUAGUAAUGAUAGCAGUGAUAUUAUGAUAAUAGAAGAGCCUCAGGUUGAAAUUUUGGAGGAUGGACAUUCCACUGAUGAUAUAUUGAUUAUAGACUCAGAACAUCAAGGUAGCAGUAAUAACUAUCAAGAAAUUUCCGAAACAUCAAAUGGAAUUGAAAAUAUAUCAAUAUCAAGUGAUGACUGUUUCGAAAUUAGCAGUCAAGCAAGUUUAAAAAUAUGUGAUCCAAGCACUGCACAAGUGGAGUUUAUUGAAGAGCAAAAAGUAGAACAGUCAUGUGUUCCAGAGGAGAAUAAUGUGGGAGAUUGCAGCCUAGGUCUGCCAGUGAAUAGACAGGAACACUACUACUGGGUCAGUGAUGAGGAAACCCCUCUUGUGUCACCAGUAGUCCCUCAAGUACAGCAAUUGGUCAUCACGGGGAGUCCACCACAUCCUAGCAUUCUCUCCACAGGAAUACCAGUAAAAAUAGAAACCAGUGUUGAAAGUAUCACUGAGUCAACCCUUGUGGAAAAUGAGAGUAGACAAGUCCUCAUCCUUCCUGCUGUUGCAGUUGAAAAAUACAUACUUAUUGGAAUACCCAAAGUAGCAGAAACCAGUGUGAUAAACAUUGAGACAGUGAAUGCACAGAUUUCACUGGAAAAUAAUGGUGGCCAGAGUUCUUCCUUUUCAUCUAUCUGCCUCCCGUCUCAUGUGGUAAUAGAAAUGCCAGGAAAAGCAGAAGUCCGCCUGGAUGACAGCUCUCAGAGAGUGCAUCGCCCAGAUUUAGUGGGAAGUAUUGCUGACCCGGAGAUGAACGCUGCACCCGUCUGCCUCCCACCCAAUUUUGUCUACCUUGGUGAUCCAAAACGAAAUGUCAAGGUGCUUGGUAGUCAUUUAGAAACUGCGCGAAAGAAGACUAGGCCUGAGCAUGCAGCCUGCUACUUGGUUCGUAACAUGUUCUCUAAGGAAAUCCUGAUUCGCAGCUCAGUAGGUAACAAUUCUGAAGGCCUCCAACCUCUAGACCCAAACAAAGUUGCUGCAAUAAGAGAAUUCCUGGAAGAUAAUUUCUCCAGCUUUGAUUUGAGUGAACGUGGGAUAGGCUGGCAAAUGUGUAUUUCUUCUAUCAAUUCUCUUAUUCACUUUGUAUGUUAUGAAGCCAGAAGAAAGUCACAGAAAGCUAUUGCCGGCUUAAAGAGCCAUACCAAGCCGAAGUCUGAAACUUUGAAAAAUAAAAGUGAUGGUGAUGGUAAAAGAAGUUCCCACUCAUCUCAGCAAGCAACUGUUUCAAAACCAAGAGAAAGUGAGAAUUCUCAACAGAAUAGCCUUGCUGUCUCUGAAGAAGUAAAAAGUCUUGCCUCUAUGAAUUCAGUGAUACCUUUUGAAAUGCUGGAUUAUUUUGGAAAGGCAUGGAGAAAUAUACAGUUACCGUGUUCAGUACUGAAGAAAGCACGAGAAAAGCCUCGCCCAGAGCUGUCAGCCAGAUACCUUAUUCGCCAGCUGUUCACAGUGGAAGUCUUGAUUAAAAGUAAUGUCUAUGGCAACCAGAGGCUUGGCAUAUAUGCCCUUAAUGCCAGUAAGAUUCACGCUCUACGAGAAUUUCUCCAAGACGCCUUCCCACAGUAUGAUCUUUCUGACUCUGGAUAUAAAUGGAAGUUGUGUGUGGCAGCUAUCAACAGCUCUAUCCGAAGUCUUAGAUAUGACUUGAAGAAGGCCAAAGCCAAAUCACAGCGAGAACAACCUCAGGAAAUUCCAGAAUCAGAAGAUGAUACUGAUUGAAUGUCGGCCAUGGGACUUAAAUUUUUUUUUUUUUUACAUUAUUCUGUUACAAUUCCAAAGUUAACCUGUUGUGGUGGUAUAGUUCUUUAUUCACACCUGAAGAAGUAAUGAAUGUUCCUUUUCUGCUCACAAAAGGGAGGCAGAAUUGUAUUUGGGAGAUGCUUAAUGUUUCACCACAUGCGCAAAAUGGUUUGCAGUAUUCUAAGAACCUGUGAUAAAGGUAAUGGUUAGUACAUGCUUAGGAGUUGUUCUCAUAGCUGUUUUUAAUGCAGAAUAAGAGCAUCACAUAUAGUAGAUACAGUAAGGUAGAGUCAGCGUUGCAUAUGCGAAUCACAAUGCCGAGAAUGUAAACUUGUGCUUAGUAGACUUU